GCUCCAACCAACAGAAAUCCUCAGAAGGAGCCCAGCUAACAGGAGCUCCAGCUGCCAGCCAAUAGGAAAACAGAGCAAACCAAACCACAAAUUAACUGCCAACAUGACUUCCAAGCUGCUGGUCACCCUCCUGGCCAUCUUCCUGCUUUCUGCAGCAUUGAAUGAAGCUGCUGUGGUGCCUCAGGCAGUGUCAGAACUCCGGUGUCUGUGCAUCAAAACACAUUCCAAACCUUUCCAUCCUAAACUCAUUAAGGAGCUGAGAAUGAUUGACAGCGGACCACACUGCCCGAACACAGAAAUCAUUGUCACUCUUCAAGAUAACAGGGAGCUCUGCCUGGACCCUCAAGCAAAGUGGGUGCAGAAAAUUCUUCAUGUGUUUUUGAAGAAAGCUGAGAAUAACUCAAAUUAAAAUGGAAGCCCUUCUCCUUUGUCUUGAAUUUAUCUCUCCAUGAAGAUGCCAAUGAAACAUCAGGGAAACCUGCUUCUCUUUAAAAUACGCAACAUGGCCCAGAGAAUUAAGGAAGUGAGGUGUUGACUUUGCCACUGAUUCACUGUGCCUCAACUUCUUCAUUUCUGUAACUGCCCAAGAACACCUGCUCAUUCCUACCUCACUGAGAUGCUCACUAUGAGGACAAAAAUGCCAAAGCUCUUUCUGCUUUUUUUUUUCAGGGUCAGACAAUAUAAUGAUAUUAUUUUCAGCUAUAAUUUAAUUUAGAUAUUUACUAUUUAUGUAUUUAUUAAAAGGAUGUGUGGAGCUAGAACUGGAUGAUAAAAACUGCCCUGAUAGGAAGUGGAGACAAAAUGAUAAUGAAUUUUAUUUAAUUUAAGACCUGGGGAGUACUCGAUAUUCCUCCCACUUUCACUGUUAGGAGGAGGAUUCUGUCUUCCAGAAAUGUCUAUGGAGGGAUGACAUCAGUGGAAAUCUGCAUUAGGGACUUUCGCCCUAAUUCUGGAAUCUAGAGUGGUUUAAGAAAUAAAACAGCAAUGUCUUCCUGGGCCUAAGUCCCAGAAUUCUUCUUGGUGGGGAAAUUAUUUAUGGUGUGUUAAUAACUUGUUCUCAGUUUAUUUAAAUGGUUGUGCUCUGUCACCACCAUGGUUUAUUUAUUUAACUUGAGAAAAGUUUUUUAUAUUAUAUCUGAGGGAAGUUUUCCUGACAUUUUUGAUCAUUUAGAAGUCUGCUUAGGACCAUGAGCAUAUUUAUCAAAAAUGUAACUCAUUGUCAACUUUGUAAACAUUUGCUUUAUUCUAGUUUUUUUGGUUAAGAUUUCCUGGAAGUUUUCUUUCAAUAAAAAAUGAACAUUUGGAUUUUAAAAGA